CCAAACGUCCACAUGAUGGCACUACUGGACAAGUUUUGAUGAGAGGCGCAACAGUGGCUGUUGUCCACAAUUCAACAGUUCAUCAAACGGCCUGCACAGCUUCCAAUUUAAACGGCUAUUUACAGCUUUACAUGUGGCUGCAGUUCAUGAUAUGUUGGAACUGGUGGGAGAUGGAAAAUCCUAUUUCGGUCUUUUAGGGUUUUUUGCUUCUGGUGGAACUGAUGUCUAAGUGGGAAAUGACCACUGUUGAGCUCAAUGAACCAGGUGCAAUUUAUAACAUAUUAAUUGCCGUUUCAGUGUUGUUCUUCACUAAUUGGGCCCAACUGCCAGACGUUUCAUUUAUUUGCGUUAACCUUCCUAAAUUAGGGAGUGCGUCUUCAUUCUAAUGACAUCAGAAUUACUCAAUUUAUGAGUCAUCAGCCUACAUAUUUCCAAAUGAGCCUUGCAGUUAGUUCGGCGAUAUCGUAACUUUAUGUUGUACUUCUUCUGCCUUUCCAUAUGUAAUUACAUUAUGAUUGAUGACCAACAACCUCUCAGAGCUCAAUUGUAAAAGCCAUCACACACGCGCAUUGCAGUAGCACAGGAUAUCACACACACAUUCCGGGCGCAGGUACAGGUCCCUGAGGUGCAGAAGGGCUCGCUUCGCCAAAAGCCUGGUGCCCGCAGCCAUAGCAGCCCUAAACAGGGUGACUCGCUGAGGGAGCCACGAGUCUCGUUUUCAUGUUGUUUUGUCUACUGUUGUGUUUCUGUCUGUCACUGUGUGAUGAUGUGCGUCUUCCCCGUGCCUGGAGUGCUGUGAAAAAGAGCCUCUCCGGGACAACUAGCCUAACUAAUUAUCACAUUGAGGUUCAUUUGGAGGUGGCAACAACAGCAACACGUACUUGUUUUCGGGUCGGCCAAUGUGACACUCAAAUGAGCACGUCACAUCUCUAUAUAUGACACAUAUCCGGAACAGUAAUCAGAAUACUGUAAGGCGUUACCAGCAGAGGUAGCGGCGGUGCGCCGUGCGCUCCGGAGUCUCCAUAAAAGUUAGUGCGCGCAGAGCUGAGCUGUCAGACUAGGAAGAGACGCGGCAGAGCAAAGACUGGAGGCUGAAGUGACUGAUCAGGAUCGAUUUCCACUUUGAGAAAUUAAUACAUUAAUUUCAAGUGUGUGGUGUGCUCCUGUGCAUGACUGACACCUGGCAAAAGCGCACCAACAGGACGCAAUUAAAGCGUAUCAUCCGCCCGAGUCUGGACAGGCUGCUGGUUCUUUUUGUACUGUAUCGGAAUAAGAAGACUGGGGAGCUUUGGCUGCAGGAGAGCGUCGGCUGUGCAGCGGGUGAUGUGCCCACGCUGCUGCGUUGGAAGAAGAAUAAUCGUGUCCGAUUCUAAUAAGGCUGUUUGAUUUCAUCCGAGGGGUGGGGUGGGGGGGGGGGAGCCACCACUCCCGGGUUUUGUUUUCCCGCCAGUCCAGGACGCAAAUGUCUCCAGAUAACAGACACGCCACUGGAUUGUAGCAGCAGCCGCAGAUGGUUUGAAAGGGCGUUAAGGUGCGGGAAGGGAGUGGGACAAUUACAGGAUGAGUGAGCGAUAUACACAGAUCGGAAGUAAAGGGGCUCUACUUGUAAUGGUGCUUGUGAUCAGUGUCUGGGAGAUGACCUUACCAACGGAAGGAACUAGAGCAGUGCACCAUGUCCGAACAGGCACCUGCGAGGUGGUGGCGUUGCAUCGCUGCUGCAACAAGAACAAAAUCGAGGAGCGGUCACAAACUGUGAAGUGCUCCUGCUUUCCCGGGCAAGUGGCCGGCACCACCAGAGCUGCCCCAUCUUGUGUAGAUGCCUCGAUAGUGGAGCAGAAAUGGUGGUGUCAGAUGCAUCCGUGCCUUGAUGGGGAGGAAUGCAAAGUUCUUCCUGAUCUGAAGGGCUGGAGCUGUGCUACAGGGAACAAGAUCAAAACUACUAAGAUAUCCGCGGACAGAGACCAGCUUUGGUAAUGUCAUAUGCUUCACUGCAGAGUCCAGGUAAGACAGUUUGGUGAACCAAAAGUUCUGGUCUUUGUCGGAUCAUCAGAGGAGAAGAGAGUAACAAUAAAAGGACCUUUCUGUAAAUAGAGACUUCCUUUCUUCUGGAUUGCAGUUAAUCUUUGGAAAACUCGGAAUGCUUCUUCUUGAACUCUAUGGACAUCAAAAAGAGGAUCAGUCAGACCAUCUUUUUGAAGGACUCCAUGUGAUUAGCCUUACCGGACAACAGGAAUUAUUCUGACAUUGUACUGCUUGUAGUGGAAGACAAUGGUGAAAUUUGCCUAUGUGUUCAUUUCCAGAGUAUUUAUGUCCUUUACAGGGGAUUCUGCAUCACAAGUUGACCUGGGUGAACAGCAGGUCAGUUUGUUGUAAGCAUCGCAAAUAUUUAAUACAAAAUGUGACUUUGUUUUCUCAGUCAGUUGUGGCUUUAUUCUCUAACGAAAUGUAGUUUCAAAGGUUCAGAUAAAUGAGAAUCUGUGGCUGAGCAGCAGAUAUUCAGGGUGAUUUUCAAAGAAAUACACAAACACAUUCAUAACUGUAUUAUUCAAAUGUUGUGCCAUGACACAGAAAGGGAAAAUUAACCUAAUUAUAAUAUAAUUAAGUGUUAUAUUCAACCCAGAUAUUGUUGAGAAUGUAAGGACAGCUGACCUAAACCUGUGCUGUAAAAAGGUAAAAACUGAUCAAAUCUACCAGCUGUUAACUGACAGAAAAAGUUGGAUCCAGUUGUGGUUUAUUUUUCCUCUGAAUAUCACUCUGCCAUUUCCUAUAGCUUCUGCCAGAUUUUGUUUUUUCUAUCGCCGCUCUGGUGUUCAGAUUCUAGACAACAGCAGUGUAAAUUAAACACACAGCAUCUGGUCGCCAGCUGGAUCAUGACAACAAUGUUCCCUAAACUGUUUUUGACUAGCUAAGUAUGAUUUGCUGAUCUCCUUUCAGUAGGUAUCGCUGACACUUCAUUAAUCUGUGUAAGUGAUUACAUCAGUAAUAAACUAUGGUU